GUCCCAGGUGAGGGGACGGGCUGGGGACCUCGAGGCCGGGGCCAGAGGGGUGAGUUCGGGAGAGAGGGAGAUAGCCCGAGAUUAAGGGAACGCAGAGGAGAGGGAGGUAGAGGAAGCGCGGAGAGACAGACGCUCCGAGAGAGCGAGCGAAGAGGGGGAGCGGCAGAAACAGCGACCAGCGAGCCGGGCAGCCCGCGGGGGGAAACGCUAGGGGACCGAGGCGCGGACUGAGCGCGGCGGGCGAGCCCGGGGACUGGCGGGUCAGGCCAGGCGGUGGCGACCCCGUCCUCCCGCGCGUUCCCCUCCCCGCACGCGGUAUUUUUAUCGGUGCGCGCACAGCCCUCCUGCUCCUCGCCACUCUCACCCGCGGCGCCAGGAGCAGCGCGGGCGAGCUGAGCUGGGAGCGCAGCCCGGGACCCCGACACGCGCAGCCCAGCCCCACCGCCCACCCCGCCCGCCAUGGACCCCAAGGACCGCAAGAAGAUCCAGUUCUCCGUGCCCGCGCCCCCCAGCCAGCUGGACCCCCGCCAGGUGGAGAUGAUCCGGCGCAGAAGGCCAACCCCUGCCAUGCUCUUCCGGCUCUCGGAGCACUCCUCACCAGAGGAGGAGGCCUCCCCCCACCAGAGAGCGUCGGGAGAGGGGCACCACCUCAAGUCGAAGAGACCCAACCCCUGUGCCUACACACCCCCCUCACUGAAAGCCGUGCAGCGCAUUGCCGAGUCUCACCUGCAGUCCAUCGGCAACCUGAGUGAGAACCAGGCCUCAGAGGAGGAGGAUGAGCUUGGGGAGCUGCGGGAGCUGGGCUACCCAAGAGAGGAAGAAGAGGAGGAUGAUGAUGAAGAGGAGGAGGAGGAGGAGGAGGACAGCCAGGCUGAAGUCCUGAAGAGCAGCAGGGGGUGUGUUGGGCAGAAGACAACUUACGGCCAGGGUCUGGAGGGGCCCUGGGAGCGUCCACCCCCUCUGGAUGAGCCCCAGAGAGAUGGAAGCUCUGAGGACCAAGUGGAAGACCCCGCACUAAGCGAACCUGGAGAGGACCCACAGCGCCCUGCCCACCCUGUGCCUGGCACAUAGGCACUCAGUGGAGGGGGCAUCACUGUUUCCCAGAAACCUGCUCAGUCCCCACCCUAUUUUCUACCCUUCCCCUCACUUGCUAGGGCUGCGGCUUCUGACUUCCAGAAGACUAAAACUGGUCUUUGCUUGUUUGCCCACCUUUGGCUGAUGCCCAGAGUCCUGGGCACUUGCUGCCUGAUACCUACCUCUGCCAGUCAUUCCCCUAUUCACCCAGUGGGAGGCAGGAUAUGAAAGCUUGUUUGGAAAAUGUAGUAAUUGAAGGACAAAUGUUCAACCUUCACAAUUCCAUUCCUAGACCCUCUCUCUUGGGCACAGGAAAACCACAGGGCAGGACCCUAAGAUAGGAGGAAAGGGGAUACAGAGAACCUGUAGGUGCCCUAGAUCCUUCUCCAUCCCCUCUCCUCCUAGGGGGGAUUCCCAGCCACUACUCCUCUUACUGGCUUCUACCAGGGCCAAGGAUUCGGGCAUCCUUCUCCACAGCUUCUGCAUUUUGGAAAUCUUCCCCAGUCACCCCUGCUCCCCAGCCUGGGUGCCUGGAAGAUGGACUGGCAGAGGAUGCUUUGUUGCAUUUUGUUUGUGCUUUGAUGCCAGGAAUGCCACCUAGCAUACAUCCUUAGAGGGGGUACAUGUUGAGGGGAGCCAGGUUCUUGUCCUCCAGCUGCUCUGCCCCCUUCCCCUCUUCCCUGACUCCAGACCUGAACCGCUCCUGUG